UUCUUCCUCCCGGCUCUGCCCUUCCCCCGGCCCAGCCCGGCGGCCACGUCUCCCGGAAGAUGGAGCCGAGGGGCCGCGUCCGGCCUGAGCCCUCCGCGUAGCCGCCGCGGGCCCUCGUCUCGGGUCGGAGCUGCAGGGCUCGGGGGAGGAGCUCAUGGUUUUGGAGUUUCAGUGUUGUCAAUCAGUAGGCAUCCAUUAUGUCUUGGCUUGUCGAUCUUGCUGGCAGGGCAGAGGAUCUUCUUAACAGAGUCGAUCAAGGGGCUGCAACAGCUCUGAGUAAAAAAGAGACUGCAGGCAGUGCAAUUUAUAGUACUAAGAACUUGGGAUCUGCCAGUGAAUAUCCUGAAUCACAGCAGCAAACCAGAGAAUUGAAGCAUCAGACUUCAUCCAAAGCAGCCUAUAUUUCUUCAGCCGCUGAUAACAUUAAACAGCAGAAGGCUACGAUCCUAGCAGGAACGGCAAAUGUCAAAGCAGCAUCCAGGACCUCUUUGGAGGCCUCUCCUCCAACAGAAAGUGUUUCCACACCCAGACCUUCCUCACAAUUUGUGAGAAGGAAAAAGUCUGAACCUGACGAUGAGCUCUUGUUUGAUUUUCUCAAUAGUUCUGAGAAAGAACCGAAUGGAAGGAUGGAGUCUAAAAAGGAGAAGAGUAAAGCUCUAACAAAUCACUCUCGGACUUCAAGCAUUGGUUCUGUGUCUGCUAGUGCACAGAGUGUGAAAAUGACUGAAGACAACUCCAGCAGGAGUCAAGGCCAUGAUACCUCUGACAGUUCAGAUUCUGGACUGGGAGCACAAGUGGACCCUACAAAAGAUGCACUGUUAAGUACAGCAGCUAACUCUAAUUCAGCUAAUGAUGAUUGCAAGUCACAUGAGCUAUCCAAUCUUCGCCUGGAGAAUCAACUGCUGCGGAAUGAAGUUCAGUCUCUAAAUCAAGAAAUGGCUUCAUUAAUUCAAAGAUCGAAAGAAAUGCAAGAAGAACUAAAUAAAGCCCGAACAAGAGUAGAAAAGUGGAAUGUUGACCAUUCAAAGAGUGACAGGGUGAUUCGAGAACUAAGGGCUCAAAUUGAUGACCUUACAGAAGCUGUUGCUGCCAAGGAUUCCCAACUGGCUGUGCUUAAAGUGCGGUUGCAGGAAGCUGAUCAGCUAUUGAGUUCUCGGACAGAGGCCUUGGAAACAUUGCAAAGUGAAAAAUCACGAAUAAUACAAGACCACAGUGAAGGGAACAGCCUGCAAAAUCAAGCACUUCAAACUCUGCAGGAGAGGCUACGUGAUACAGAUUCUGCACUGAAGCGGGAACAAGAAAGUUACAAACAAAUGCAGAAUGAGUUUGCAGCUCGUCUCAGUAGAAUGGAAGUUGAGCGUCAGAACUUGGCAGAAGCAGUAACUGCAGCAGAAAAAAAGUAUUUGGAUGAAAAACGGAGAGCUGAUGACCUUCAGCAGCAAGUCAAAGUAGCUAAGAACAAUUCGGAGUCUGCAAAACAAGAACUGGUGGACUACAAACAAAAGGCUACUCGCAUACUCCAAUCAAAAGAAAAGUUGAUAAACAGCCUGAAGGAAGGCUCUGGUAUUGAAGGUCUGGAUAGCCAUACUGCAAGCACCAUGGAGCUAGAAGAACUGAGACAUGAAAGAGACACACAGAAGGAGGAAAUACAAAAGCUAAAGGGGCAGAUGCAGCUUCUGAGAACAGAGCUACAGGAUAUGGAGACUCAGCAGGUAAAUGAAGCUGAAUCAGCAAGGGAGCAGCUUCAGGACUUACAAGAGCAAAUAGCAACACACAAAAUUGCCAAGCAAGAAGUGGAGGCUGAACUGGAACGGCAAAAGCAGGAGCUCCAUUACACUGAGGAAGAGCUGUAUCGGACAAAAAAUACUUUACAAAGCAGAAUAAAAGACAGAGAGGAAGAAAUUCAGAAACUGAGAAACCAGCUCACAAACAAGACUUUGAGUAGUAGUAGUCAGACAGAGUUGGAAAAUCGGCUUCAUCAACUGACAGAAACUCUUAUUCAGAAGCAGACCAUGUUGGAGAGCCUCAGUACAGAAAAAAAUUCCCUUGUCUAUCAACUGGAACGUCUUGAGCAACAGCUUAAGAACAUUCAAGGCAGUAGUACUAAUGGACCAUCCAUUAAUAUGGCAGGAGUUGACAGUGGUGAAGGCACUCGAAUGCGGAAUGUUCCUGUUCUUUUUAGUGACGUGGAUGGUAACAUAGCAGGGAUGUAUGGGAGAGUUCGCAAAGCUGCCAGUAGCAUAGACCAGUUUAGCAUUCGAUUGGGAAUAUUUCUCAGACGGUAUCCCAUUGCAAGGGUGUUUGUAAUCAUUUAUAUGGCAUUGCUUCACCUCUGGGUCAUGGUCGUUUUGCUUACUUACACCCCAGAAAUGCAUCAUGAUGGUCCAAGUGGGAAAUAGACUUUAUGCUAAUAGUGUAUAAAUUCUGGAUUGACAGUGUGUUUAAAAUGACCAGUACUGAAAUGUCAGCAAACUUUCCUGCACAUUAUAUAAAGAAGGAAUAACAACCAUCAUGCCUGUUUUAUCAUUACUUCUAAAAAAUUAAAUUAAUACAAAGCUAUGCUAUACAGCUUCUUCAGUUUCCUUAAAAUAGUCCGAGUUUCCUGGAAAAAGACAGUUGUUGAGCCAAGCCAGGUUUAGCAUUUGGAUUUUACAUAAACCUUGGAAUGGUUUGUGUGCAAAACAAGAUUCACACCUGCAGAGAGGUAACAAAGAUUUCAAAGAUUAGUUGUAUAUGGGACAUGCUGUAUUGUAGAUCAUACUGGAUAUGGGCUAUAAUCAGGGAAAUUAAUUGUACUUAGCAAUUUAAAUAAACUUUAUUCUUUCUGUUGUUUAGUCUGUUUUUGCACUUCUGUUUUAAAGUAUCUAUUCAGAUUAGUUGUUCUUAAACAUGUUAAAAUGCUGUAGAAUUGACAAUGGAUCAGUGCAAUAUUUUUUGUAAAUAUCUUUAAAAAUAAAAUAUGCAUUAUUCUUAGUUUUGUCCUUU